GUUCUGAAGCUCAAGCCUAGGGAUACCAAAAUCGUCCAUUCCGUGCACAACGUUUUCGCGGACGAAUCGCUUAUUGGCUACAAUUACAAUGGAGUUAACGUUGUAGGCCAAACUAAACGUGCCAUGCGAAUGUACGACAUAUUCUCCGACUGCUUCAUGGAAGCGUACGAAGCGGAAGGACUUACAGACGUCGAGCUUGCCUUCCAGCUGACGUCGGCGAUCAAGCAAAGUCGAAACCGGAUGCGGCAGCGCAUGUUCCGUGCUAGGAAAAUUGUGGAAGCAAGUUGUGAAAAGAGAAAGGGAACUCCAUUUGAGACUUGAUGAACUUUAUGUCUACCUUAAUGAUUCAAUUAUUUACAUUUUUAAGACGCUCAGCUUCUUCAUUGUUUUUUUAGUGCUCUUAGCCUUAUAAUGAGGUUCGGGAAUCAGUACUUUCUUUUUAUAAUGAAUUCUAACAUGCUUACAUUUUUUUUCAUCCUGAAGACAGGUUUAUUUUAUUUUGAAUAAGUGAUAAUGGAAUGCAAUCACUCUUUCCACUACGAUACCAUACCUCAGAAAUACUUUACUUUGUAGAAGUAAUGUUUUCAUCAGAAAAUGUUCGAAUCCAACACUCAAGUAAAAAUAAAAUAAAAUUAAAAAAAAAAAACAAAUAAAACAAAAUUAUCUGUUAACGUGUAUUCUUCAACAGAACAAACUCCUUGAAACUAAAACUAAUUAUACCAACUCCUCUCCAUUCCAGACCAAGAGUUCAUGAUGAUAGAAAUCUGCUCCGACGAAACCACACGGCAUGCCUCCGAUGAUGACCAAUCCAAAGCUACAGUUUCCACUGGAGGUAAUACUGCAACAAGAUCACUUCGGUUAGCGGGAUUCACGUUUCCUCUGAAACGUGCAGAAGACAUCGAACGCUUGGAGAAAGCCGUCAGAGCAGAUUCGUUCGUUCGGAAAGAAUACAUUCGCUACGUGUCAUCUCGGGUGGCCGAUCAUCGUAAUAUUCCAACGCACAUCAGAAGGGUUUUCAGCGAUAGAUCUCUUGAGAAUUACGCUUAUCAUGGGGUUAGCAAUCCGCAGUAUCCUCGGAAAGCAAUGAAAGACUAUGACAUCUUCACCAAGUGUUUGCUAGUUGCUUGGGAGGAGGAUGGCAUCACGGCGGAUGAACUCCGAGCGUCGCUUAUCAAGGCAACACAAAAAGCGAAGCAGCAUUUAUCGUCGGCUCGGUACUACCAACGUUACCGGGAACAGCUACUAGAGAAACGGAAAGCAAGCUGGAAAAGCAAAAAGUUGCUCGAGUAGCUCUGAGUGUUCGGUGGUAAAAUUUUGAAAUCGAAAUCUUGCAGAAAUAAAACAAACAAUCGACUGUAA